UUUAUGAUUUCAUCAAAUUUUUAUGAUUUUAUCAAAUUAUUGUGAUGAUCAUUCUGGUAGUUUUUAUGUUUUUUUUUAAUUGUAAAUUAUAUUAUAUAGGUGAGCUCAUUAGAACUGGUAAAGAGACUAAUCGUCUUUUAAGGUCAAUUCAGCAGUUGCAGCGGGAGACAGUCAAUCUGCUCAAUAAUGAAGGCUUAGCCAAUCAAGCAAUUAAUAGUGAUGCUACAUUUGUUAAUGCAGCUGGGCAAAGCAAACGUAUAGACAGUUGGAACAGGUCGAAUGCAAAUUCAUUUGCAAUCGAUUACAUCAAAUGCAAAUUCGGACCAGAUUAUAUGACAAGUCACAUUUUUGAGCCUCAUGGAAAGGCUGAUAGAACCACCGUUCCUGAUGCAAUAAUGCAAAAUCUCAAAGAGCAAUUCGCAACAGUUUUUGCCAAUUACUCGUGGGCGUGCGUCAGACGAAGUCUUAAUCAGAGCUGCCUAGAUAGGAAGAAAAAACGAAAGUAAUCAGCAAUGCAACUGUGAUUCUGUAAUAAUGAUAAUAUGUGAA